CAUGGCCACUGUGUGGCAGGAUGGGGCUGGCUGGAUCCCUGUGCCUGGACGUGGCCUGGACUUGCAGGCCAUUGAACUGGCUGCCCAGAGCAACCAUUACUGCCAUGCCCAAAAGAGUCCUGGCAGUCAGUAUGACCCCAAGAAGGAGCGGGCCCGGCGCCAGCUCUAUGUGGCCUCCACCGUCUGCCUGGUGUUCAUGAUCGGAGAAGUCAUUGGUGGGUACCUGGCACACAGCUUGGCCAUCAUGACUGAUGCAGCCCACCUGCUCACUGACUUUGCCAGUAUGCUCAUCAGCCUCUUCUCCCUUUGGAUGUCCUCCCGGCCAGCCACCAAGACCAUGAACUUCGGCUGGCAGCGAGCUGAGAUCCUGGGAGCCCUGCUUUCUGUGCUGUCCAUCUGGGUCGUGACUGGGGUACUGGUGUACCUGGCUGCAGAGCGGCUGAUCUCUGGGAACUAUGAGAUCGAGGGGGCCACCAUGCUGAUCACGUCGGGCUGCGCUGUGGCUGUGAACAUCAUAAUGGGGUUGAUCCUUCACCAGUCUGGCCACGGGCACAGCCACGGCCACGCACACAGCCACGACGCCAGCGAGCAGCAGGAGAACCCCAGUGUCCGAGCAGCCUUCAUCCACGUGAUUGGGGACUUUCUGCAGAGCGUGGGCGUCUUGGUGGCAGCCUAUAUUUUAUACUUCAAGCCAGAGUACAAGUAUAUAGACCCCAUCUGCACCUUCCUCUUCUCCAUCCUGGUCCUGGGGACAACCUUGACCAUCCUGAGAGAUGUGAUCCUGGUGCUAAUGGAAGGGACGCCCAAAGGCGUGGAUUUCACAGCCGUGCGGGAUCUGCUGCUGUCGGUGGAGGGGGUGGAAGCCUUGCACAGCCUGCAUAUCUGGGCCCUGACUGUGGCCCAGCCGGUGCUGUCUGUCCACAUCGCCAUUGCCCAGAAUGCAGACGCCCAGGCUGUGCUGAAGGCGGCCAGCACCCUCCUGCAGGGGAGGUUCCACUUCCACACCAUGACCAUCCAGAUCGAGGACUACUCUGAGGACAUGAAGGACUGUCAGGCAUGCCAAGGCCCCUCGGACUGAGGAAUGGACAACUGGGGCAGGGACAGGACCUGCAGGAGGCAGGACUGAGUGUCCCCCAGGCCCAGCCAGGACUCUGCCUACCCUGGCUGCAUCACAGUGUCCCUCUCCUGACUUCGGCGGCCCUGCUCCUGUAAUAGGCUCUUCCUGGCCUGUCUGACUACAGCCAUCCCUGGGGUGGGGACUGGGCAGGCAUCAAGCUAGCAUGACCC